AUGUUCAGUCCAGCAACGGCCUGGGAAUCUCCUGCAGCUUCUGCCUCUGCUGACGUGAGGGACUCUCCAGCUGCUGGCAGCCCUGCUGGGAGACAACGCACCACCUCAUCUUCCACCAGAACAUCCACUGACGCUUCACGACCUGCAAACCGUACGCGUCGAUCGCUGGCUAGACAACCGCAUCUCCUCGGUCUUGCGUUGGAUGUGGAUGUCGAACUAGCAACACGCUCCCUCUCGCAGAAUGCUGUGCCGUUCAACGGGACACCGCCAGUCUCUGCCGCAGAUGGAGCGCAUUCAACCCACCCGACGCCGCAGACCAGAUCCGCCACAGGCAGCGCAACGCAGCAAGACGGCCGAGAAGGCCGAAGGAGACAAGAGCUGGCUCGUUUGCAGGGCAAUAGGCAAGGGAGUAAGGUCGGUCUCGAGACCCUCGAGGAUGCCGAGUCGUUUGAGGACUCGGACGAUCUCCCGGGUCAUGGCGCUCUUGCUCGUGCAGCAGCGUCACCGCCUUUAUCGGCUGCUCGUCCACAGGCGCGCGGAGAAGGAGAAUCGGUGCCGUUCCUGUCUCGGGGCGACGAGCAUGAGGAGGAGCAAGACGAGCUGGACUUGGAAGCCCAACGUUAUGAUCCUCGUCGAUCCGAUCCCACGCACGAGCAUGGAGCUGGACCCGCGCCGGUCCUCGACUUUGAACACACGACGGCCAAGGAGAGAGUUUGGAUGUGGAGCGCUUGCUUCCUGGUUGCUUGCCUCACUGUCGUUGCUGUGGCAAUCAGCGUCGACUGGAUCGAUUGGCCUGGCGACGGCAUCGGGGAGGCGUGA